UCUGCAUGGCUGAUGAGACUGGCCGGGCACAUUCAAAAUGGCGGAGUGUGGAGCGAGCCACAGCGGGAGCAGCGGGGACAGCCUGGACAAGAGCAUCACGCUGCCCCCCGACGAGAUCUUCCGCAACCUGGAGAACGCCAAGCGCUUCGCCAUAGACAUAGGUGGCUCACUGACCAAGCUGGCCUACUACUCCACCGUGCAGCACAAAGUCGCCAGAGUGAGGUCCUUCGACCACUCGGGCAAGGACACAGAACACGACCACGAGCCGCCCUACGAGAUCUCCGUGCAGGAGGAGGUCACCGCUCGGCUGCACUUCAUCAAGUUCGAGAACACCUACAUAGAAGCCUGCCUGGACUUCAUCAAGGAUCACCUCGUCAACACCGAGACAAAGGUCAUCCCGGCCACUGGGGGUGGCGCCUACAAGUUCAAGGAUCUCAUCGAAGAGAAGCUGCAACUGAAAGUUGACAAGGAGGACGUGAUGACUUGCUUGAUAAAGGGGUGCAACUUUGUGUUAAAGAACAUCCCGCACGAGGCCUUCAUGUAUCAGAAAGAUUCCGACCCUGAGUUCCGAUUUCAGACAAAUCACCCCAACAUUUUCCCGUAUCUUCUUGUCAAUAUCGGUUCUGGAGUCUCUAUUGUGAAGGUGGAGACCGAGGACAGGUUCGAGUGGAUUGGCGGCAGCUCCAUUGGAGGUGGCACCUUCUGGGGGCUUGGGGCUCUGCUCACCAAAACAAAGAAGUUUGAUGAGCUGCUGCAUCUGGCUUCCAGGGGCCAGCACACCAACGUAGACAUGCUGGUGCAGGACAUCUACGGCGGGGCCCACGAGACCCUGGGGCUGAGCGGCAACCUCAUCGCGAGCAGCUUCGGGAAGUCAGCCACUGCCGACAGAGAGUUUUCCAAGGAAGACAUGGCCAAGAGCCUGCUGCAUAUGAUCAGCAACGACGUCGGGCAGCUGGCCUGCCUCUACGCGAAGCUGCACUGCUUGGACAGGGUGUACUUCGGCGGCUUCUUCAUCCGGGGCCACCCCGUCACCAUGCGCACCAUCACCUACAGCAUUAACUUCUUCUCCAAGGGGGAAGUCCAGGCACUGUUCUUGAGACACGAAGGCUACCUGGGAGCCAUCGGAGCGUUUCUAAAAGGAGCCGAGCAAGACAACCCCAACCAGUACAGCUGGGGAGAGAACUACGCAGGCAGCUCUGGGCUCAUGAGCUCAUCCCCCGAGCUCUGCCCGUCGCAGCGGGUGAGGAGCGGCACUUUUGACUUACUGGAAAUGGACCGGCUGGAGAGGCCACUAGUCAACCUGCCACUCCUUCUGGACCCGUCUUCCUACGUGCCCGACACAGUUGACCUCACGGACGACGCCCUGGCCCGAAAGUACUGGCUCACCUGCUUUGAGGAGGCCCUGGACGGGGUGGUGAAACGCGCUGUGGCCAGCCAGCCAGGCUCUGUGGACGCAGCCGAGAGGGCGGAGAAGUUCCGCCAGAAGUACUGGGACAAGCUGCAGACGCUGCGACACCAGCCGUUUGCUUAUGGGACCCUGACCGUGCGCAGCCUUUUGGACACAAGGGAGCACUGUUUGAAUGAGUUCAACUUCCCAGACCCCUACUCCAAGGUGAAGCAGAGAGAAAACGGCGUAGCGUUGAAGUCUUUCCAGAGCGUCAUCCGCACCCUGGACGCGCUGGGCUGGGAGGAGCGGCAGCUGGCCCUCAUCGAAGGGCUGCUGGCCGGCAACGUCUUCGACUGGGGCGCCAAAGCUGUCUCCGAUGUCCUUGAAUCUGACCCCCAGUUUGGGUUUGAGGAGGCGAAGAGGAAGCUGCAAGAGCGGCCCUGGCUCGUGGACACCUACAGCAAGUGGCUUCAGAGACUGAAGGGGCCCCCUCACAAAUGUGCCUUAAUUUUCGCAGAUAACAGUGGAGUAGACGUCAUUUUGGGAGUCUUCCCCUUUGUCAGGGAGCUUCUCUCUAGAGGGACAGAGGUCAUCCUGGCGUGCAACUCGGGCCCCGCCCUGAAUGACGUGACCUACAGCGAGUCCCUCAUCGUGGCUGAGCGCAUCGCGGCCAUGGACCCCAUCAUCCACUCGGCACUCAGAGAAGAGAGGCUCCUGCUGCUGCAGACGGGCUCCAGCUCCCCGUGCCUGGACCUCAGCCGCCUGGACAAGGGGCUGGCCGUGCUGGUGCGGGAGCGCGGCGCGGACCUGGUGGUGAUCGAGGGCAUGGGCCGCGCCGUCCACACCAACUACUACGCGGCCCUGCGCUGCGAGAGCCUCAAGCUGGCCGUCAUCAAGAACUCCUGGCUGGCUGAGCGGCUGGGCGGCCGGCUCUUCAGCGUCAUCUUCAAGUAUGAGGUCCCGACCGAGUGAGGCGCCCGCCCACUGGGCUGUUCUGCUCAUCACUGUCAGGAACGUACCUCGACUGCAACAGGGAGACUGCGUUCAAAUCCUCAUAUUUAUGUUGUGCUUCUAUGACUGAGCGGGUGCCCGCUGUGGGCACGGCACUCGAGGCAUUGAGGCCGGCGUGCAGGCCGCCGUGCUCGUGGUGGGGACGCAGCUCUCGUCCCGUGAGACAUUCGUAUUGGGAUGUAUUUAGCUGUUAAAUAAUCUUUUCUAUAUAUAUAUAAAUAUAUAUAUAUAAAUACAUAC